UACCAAUAAUUGGAUCACGGGUUGGGUCAGGUUCUACAGGUUGUGUAAUCCAAAAUCCAAACCCAACUCAAAAGAGGCGGUUUGUACAAAAGAAAACCCUCACCUAACUACCCAAAACCUUCAUUUUAGCGAUAAAUACCGGUGGGUUGGGUCGGGUUGGACGGGUGGGUCGAUUUACGGGUGUGUUUGUUCACCCCUAGAUGUAUCCUAUUGAAAGGUAUGAUAUAUAAUUACACUAAAUUGAUUAUAUAUACUAUCAUUUUAGAAACUUUAUGAAGUUAAUUUUACAUUUUUUUUAAACAAUGUAGGUAUCUGAAGAAGUUAAAAGGUCACGUUCGUAACAAGGCACGUCCAGAGGGAUCAAUCGCCGAAGCUUAUAUUAUCGACGAAUGUGUCACAUUUUGCUCGCAAUAUUUAACUGGAAUGGAUACUAUAUUUAAUCGGAUGGAGAGAAAUGUAGAUAAAUUUGCAUAGUCAUCGCAACCAGCUCAUGAAUUAUCAGUUUUUCCGGUUGUCGGUCGUGCCAUCGGUGUGAAGGACGACAUGGGAGACUUCAAUACUGACUUGUGGAAGGCGGAAGCUUCUUAUGUUCUACAAAACUGUGAUGAGGUACAAGAUUUUAUAAGGUACAUAUACAUACCUAUUUUUAUUUAUUUAUUUAUUGUAUGAUAGAAUAUAAUUUAUUUUAAUUAAUAACAUAUAUUGUGCAAUUACAGAACUCACACGGAACAACUAAGUAAUCGAGGUGUUUGUAUGGUUGAAGCAAUGCAUAAGCAAGAAUUUGCUAAGUGGUUCUUAUUAGAGGUACGUACAUGUCAUAUAUAAUUAAGAAUUUUGAUAUUAAAAAAUUAUUGCAAGCUAAUUUUAAUUUUAUCCUUGCAAUUAUUGUAGAUUACACGACUACACAAUGAUAAAGUGCCAAAUUUGAAUCCUUCUUUGUUAUCCUUAGCUCGAGAACCAGACAAACGAGUCCUGCACUACACAUGAUAUUGUAUCAAUAGAUUCAGAUUUCACACUCGUACUCGCAAGUUAACCAAAACCAGUCAGAACAGUGGUGUGAUGGCGAGAGGGGAGAACGAUGGUGGAAUUCAUUACUAUGGCAUUCUUACCGAUAUCAUCGAGGUUUGUUAUACUGAAGGCCUUCGAGUUGUACUAUUUCAGUGUGAGUGGUAUGACACCGCUCGCGAAGGUGUUGGUUACAAGAAGGAUGGACACGACACUAUUACCAUCAACACAACGCGAAGACGUAGAACAUAUGAACUAUUUGUUCUGGCUAGUCAAGCAAUUCAAGUUUAUUAUGUGCAGUCUUUGAGAGAUCCGAAUUGGAAAAUUGUGGUUGAAACGCGACCAAGAAAUUUGUUCGCGAUGCCUUCUAAUACGGAAGGAGAAGGAGAAGAAGAAGGAGCAUUAGAAGCAGUCUAUCAAGAAGACAAUAUUUUAAUUGAUUAUCAUGGGAUACUCCAAACUGCGGGAGAUCUCAUAAACUGGACUAGAGCAGGGUUCGAAGAUUAAGUAUGACGAAUUUGGUCAUUUGUAGAUCGGGAUAUAUUACCUAAUUUAUAUUUUUUAUAGAACAAUGCUUAUUAUUAUUACUUAAAGAAGAUGUGUUUUUUUAUCGAUUCAACAAUCAUUUCUAGAAAAUGUCAUGCUUGUCCGAUUUUCAUAACUGCCUCCCAAUAAUUUCUUCUAAAGAAAAAAAUUGUCUACGAUAAUUAAUUUUGUAAGAAAGGUUUGAAUUUUGUAACCAAACAGUACUGAAGAAUUGUGUAAGGCGUCACAAAUGAUUUUUUCCUGACCAAACAGUACAUACAAAAUUUUUAUGGCGUGAUUUUUUUUCCUGAAAAUAGUACUGACGAAUUGCUUAUGGCGUCAAAAAUAUUUGUUUCCUGACCAAACAGUACUGACGAAAUUUUUAUGGCGUAGAAAAUGUUUUUCUGACCAAUUGUUACUGACAAAAUGUUUAUUGUAUCAAAAAUGUAUUUUUCUUGACCAAACUGUACCGACGAACUGUUAUUGGCAUAAAAAAAUGUUUUGUUUUUUUAUCAAUUAGUACUGACGACGCUUUAAUGGUGUCAAAAAUAAUUUGUUCUAACCAAUUAGUGCCGACGAACGGUUUAUUUCGUCAAAAUUAAUAAAAAAAUUGCACUCGAUAUUUUAUCAUCAAUAAUAAUAUUUUUUUUUCUAACGACAUUUUUGUAUUGGUCAGUAAUGAUGAUUAUUUCUAACGUGGAAAAUGAAAUCGUCAAAAAUAAUGAGUGUGGAAAUAGAAACUGGUCCAAAAUACAUUUACUGACCGAAAAAAAUAGAAUUAUUGAUGAAAAUUCACCUAUGUCAGUAAUAAUUUCAUUAUUACUAACAAAAAUUGUUUGUCGUCGGAAUUAGGGAGCUUUUUCGACGGAAUUUCUCAGUCGUCAGUAAGUUUUUGUCACAACUCUGUGCCUUUUUGUAGUGUAUUAUAUAUGGUGUUGUUGACCUACCUCAGUCUAUUGCCGCAUAUAUGUUAAAGGGUAAUAUCAGUUAGAAUCAAAGAGUCAAUUUCCGAGACUACAUCCGGUCAAGGGGCCGGGUAAUAAGCUAGUAUGAUAUGAUGCACAAACCUUAACUAAACCUUUGGUGGAGAAUCAAUAACGGUUAAUCUUUCCUUAUCAGAGAAUCAAUCAAACAUCUUAGACGGACUACCCUUAAUUGCUUGGAUACUUGGGUUGCCAUUUGCCACCCAAAAAAGGCCAAUGCUACGGUGUCGCUAUAAAAUGUGCUGGUUGCGCUUCUGUUUUACAUCAUAAACGUUGGGGGAAAUGGUGGGGGAUUUCUAUGGAGGCACUAGGUAGAGCCUGGAGAUGGGAUCGACGAUGGAGAAGUCGUCUGAAGAGCUCUUGCACAGUCCGCUGGAGUGAAAAAGUUAAUCUGCUAAUUUGAAGAUUCGUUAGCAGAUACUAACUCACAUCCAAAAUACAUGAACUAGUAUCCAAGUACUAAAGUAUCUAGAGAGCACAAACUAGUAUUCAAGAUUUGCUAACUGAUAUCCACAAUGAAUCAACUAUUAUCCCAAAUUCACAAACUAAUAUCUAGACAACACAGAAUAGUAUACAUACAGCACAUAAUUAGUAUCCAGAUAACACAUAAGAGUAUCCAUAUUGAAUACUAGUUGGUUUGAUUCGGAUAUUAGUUGGUAAUUGAUUGGCUGAAUACUAAUUAUGUGAGUUGGAUACUAGUUUUGUGAUGUUUUGAAUACUAGUCUGUGUUAUCUAGAUAGUUUAGUAAAAUAAUCAGACUUGU